AUGUGUGUCGAGACUAUCACCAUCGCGCUCUGCGCUCCGCAGAGCGCUCCUCGCCUGUCCUUCACCUGUGGCAACCUUCACCUGGUCGCUGAGAAUCAUGUCGUCUGCGACAGUGCCGUUGGCAACUGCAUCUGCUACUUUGGCACUUGCGGUAAGGUCAUUCGCGAGGUUCCCACCGGCGGUAUCGACUUCUCCGCUAUCUCCAAGGUCCGAUGCACUACUUGUACUGCCCGCGAGGACGAGGUUGGCGACGCUCGAAAGGACCGAGAGAUCCUCGAGUCCGUCCUCCUUGGACGUCCUGCCACUAAUGACGCCGACUGGGACCAGACCUCCAAGCGUCUCCAGCAGCUUUGGCAACAGAAGUCUGCCUGCCCUUACCAUGUCCAGGGUUCUGUCCGCAAGGCCAAGGCUACUGUCAACAAGCCCGCCAAGGAGCAGGUUCAGGCUCAGGUCGACAUCAAGUCUGCCGUUCCUUCAGCUCCUUCUAAGGCCUCCUUCGGUAAGGUAGUCAUCGACAAGGAUGACCUUCACCAGUCUGCUACUACUGAUGCCUCUGAGCACAGUGAAGCGGAUUCCGCUUCCGCCGUUGACCCUUGGACUGGUGCUCCCGUCAUCGCUGAGCCUGUCACUGCCGAGCCUGCUGGUUUCGACUCUCCUUCCGUCAAGGAUGAUGUUACCACUGUCAUCGCCAACGACAACGAUGGCGGCACUUCCGUCAAGACUGGUUCCGACGCUGGCAAAGGUGGUCACAAUGGCCUCGAAGGCGAUGUUGACACUAAGCUGGGCCAUGACGCUCCCAAGUCCAUCGAUGGAGCCACCCCCGUCAGUCGCCGCGCUGUGAACUUUGCUUUCAGCGCUGAGGCAGCUGAUAAACUGCGUGAUACCACCGCAAAGUUUGCCUCGCUGAAGUCCAGCUUCCUCAUGGGAAAGCCCAUCUGA